AUGGCUCUCAAAAGCUGGCUGUCCAUUGCUGCCGACUGCCAUUUCUCGUUGGCCAACAUCCCAUUCGGCAUCAUCAGCACUCGCACUAGACCCACACCAAGACCUGCUAUUGCCAUUGGAGAUUACGCCUUGGAUCUGGAUCAGUUUUCAACUCACAAUGGUUUCGCAGCUCUGUCAGUGAUCCAACCCCAUCAGCACGUCUUCUCGGACACAACUCUAAACGCAUUCGCCGGCUUAGGACGACCCAUGCACACAGCCGUUCGCAAGUAUCUCCAGUCAGUCUUCUUGGAAACGACGCCAUUUCCAGACAUCUUGAAGGACAAUACAUCGGUUCAAGAGGCUUGUUUGAUUCCUCUGAAGGAUGUCAAGAACCAUGUCCCCAUGCAGAUUGGUGAUUACACAGACUUCUAUGCUGGCUUGAAUCAUGCAUUCACUGUAGGUGAACUGUUUCGAGGGGCCUCAAACGCUCUACAGCCCAACUACAAACACCUUCCAGUGGGUUACCAUGGGCGUGCCUCGAGCAUUGUCGUGUCUGGCACGCCAGUUCGUCGACCACUUGGCCAAAUACUUGAGGAUCCUACAGCUGAGAUCAAGAAGCCUAUCUUGAGCGCCUGCAGAAAGCUCGACAUCGAACUCGAGCUCGGAGCGUUCAUCUGCAAAAACAACAACAUGGGAGAGCCAAUCCCCAUCGACGAGGCCCCAGACUACAUCUUCGGCGUCGUGCUGCUCAACGACUGGUCUGCUCGCGAUAUCCAGGCCUGGGAGUACGUACCUCUAGGGCCUUUCACUGCAAAGAAUUUUGCAUCCUCUAUUAGCCCUUGGGUCGUUCUGAGUGACACACUCGAGCCCUAUCGCACAUCUGGCCUUGAUAACGACGUGGAAGUCUUGGACUAUUUGAAGGAGAAAAGCAAGAACAAUGUCUACGACAUCAAAUUGGAAGUUGAGCUCAGAACUUCCUCGGGUGCCACCACCACAAUCUCUCGUACAUCAGGAAGGAACCUCCUCUUUUCUUUCAACCAGAUGCUCACCCACCACUCUAUUACCGGUUGCCCCAUGCGUAUAGGAGAUAUGCUAGGUUCUGGCACCAUCUCAGGGACAGAAGCAUCUGAGCGUGGCAGUCUUCUCGAGCAAAACAGAAACAGUAAAACGGUCAUCAAGCUUGAAGGUGGUGAGCAGCGUGUCUUCUUGGAGGAUGGUGAUGAAGUCACCAUCAGGGGAGUGUGUAUCGGCGAAGAUGGAUUGCGAGUGGGCUUUGGAGAAUGCAAAGGCAACAUCAUCCCUGCUGUAUCUAUCUAG